UGUUAUUUCGAUGAAAGAAGUUUUUCGAUAUUUUUAAGCGAAACAUGCGGUUAGGAUAAAUUUAAAACUAUUCUACUUAAAUAUAGCUCAUGAAAGACUGUUUGAAAAAUGGAAAAAUAGUUAAGGAAGACUCCCGAAAGAGUAGGUAUUGGAUGCCAUGCAAUCGAAAUAAAAUUGCAAUACGCUAGACGACGUGCUGCGGCUGAUUGCGUAACGACUACCCAUUGACGCAUUUUUUGUCUCGACUUUCUAUUCCAAAAUCGCGUACACGCUAAACAAGCCGAUCCACUACUGUUUGGCUCUGGAGUCGGGAUCAUCUGUACUCGAAUUUUAAUGCUUAUAUUGGGGAAGGCCGGAAGUUGAAAUUUAAAACAUUUUCUAAACUUUACUCACAUAUUAACAGCGUCAGCAGCCAGUAAUUUUGGACAUUUAUGGUGGUAGCAGAUAUUUGAGCGGACAAUCAAUUCCGAAUGCGCGAACAUCGUGUGACAAAGUGAACGAAGUGCCUGUACGAGUAAUGUCCAAAACAAUGAAUGGCGCCAGCGCAAAACCCCAAAUUGUGCUGUAUUAUUAUCCGUUAUCGUUUUACAGCCAAAAAGUGAGAAUGGCACUGCUGGAAAAAGGUAUUCCUCAUUCGCUAGAAUUUAUCGACAUCAGCUGUGGGGAGAACUAUGAGCCAUGGUUUGUCAAGAUCAAUCCUGCCUGCGAAGUGCCCGUUCUGCGUGACGGAACGAAGAUUAUCUCGGGCUCACAGAGAAUUAUUGACUACCUCGAAGAACAUUAUACAACCGGGUUCGUGUCUCUUUCGCCUGGGCGGUCUAGCAUUGAAUUUCACAAAGUGCGGUAUCUUCGGGAUGCCAUCGAUGCAGUACCGAUUGAACUGAUUACGUACGGAUAUAUGCGCCAUUCGGAACUGACGGACAAAAUCAAAGUUCCAGAUUUUGUGAAAAGUAAACUCGGAGAGCGUUUUUUCCAAAGGAAAAAACUUCUAAGUACUUACAUGGCUAAACACCCCGAAUUGCGCGAUGCGUAUAACGAUAAACUGGCCAGAGUGGAGCAGAACGACAGUCAAGCGGAUGAUUUAAAUGCUGUCAACGGGAAACUAAAUGAGGUAGAUCUGCUGCUUGACAAGAUUGAAGAACAUCUGCGAACAAACGCAACCGUUGAUGAACGAAGAAAUUGGUGGUUGUGUGCGGCGGAAUUUACCACUGCGGAUAUUUCGUUGGCAAUUUUGUUAAGCCGGUUGUAUUUCCUGGGAUUAGCACAGCGAUUCUGGAGUAUAUCAACAAGACCAUAUCUAGCAAUUUAUUAUCAGCGGCUAAAUGACCGUCCGGCUUUCCAGAAGGUCGCCGUUACCCACGUCACUACAAGCGAUCUGGUUAAGUACGGAGGAGCCAGUCUCCUGUACGCCCACGGCUUGACCUUCUUGGGAAUUGCGACAGUGGUGGGCGUAAUUGCGAUCGGGGCUUUUAUAGUGAUGCGCCGAAGAAAAUAGUUGUUUGAUGUUUUGUGAUGAGGUGACAUUUAGCUGCUUUUGAUUGCCAGAUAUGCUAGUUUUUGUUUAGUGUUCGUUUUUAAAUUUUUACUUGAAACGCUACAAUCUGGUAAUUACAAAAUUUUGUGCGUGCAAUGAGAUGAAAUUUGAAGCGGGCAAAUUUGUAUGCCAGAGUUGCUUCGAAUUCGCAAUGUUGCUGACUCUUGCUAGUUGUGAGUGAUCUGGUUAUGUUUGGCUUUGUUGCAAUAUUAUUGCUGGAUGCAGAAUUUUAGGUUACGAGUGUUGGUUAAAAAUAAAUGUUCGACAG